AUGUCAAAAACAUAUGGCUUGAAGAAUACAAAAAAAUACAAGUCAGCCACCCAGAUAAGACAUCUCGAGCCUUGGAAGAUUGCUUUGAUUGUUCUAGGGAUAGUGGCAGCAGCAGCAAUCACCAUUGGCCUGCUGGUUUAUUUUCUGGCCUAUGAUCAGAGGCUAUUCUAUUACAGCGGCAACUUGAAAAUCACCAACAUCCAGUAUAAUUAUGAGAUGGCCAGACGGUCUUCAGGACGGUUUAGAGACCUGAGUGACAUGAUUGAGAAACUGAUGGACAAGACAUUUCAAAAUUCCAUUUUACGAAAGAAAUACAUCAGCUCACGCUUAGUCAGACUGAGCAUUUCAGUUGAAAAUCAUCUCUACCCUGCUUAUGUGGAUGAUAUCAGUGGCCUGACAUUUUUGUUUAUUUCAGAUCUGAAGAAGAAAACAGCUGAGGCCAUCUUCAAUAACUUUUGUGGAACACGACAGAAUAGAACAGUGAAGUCAAUGUCAGCAAGAAUAGUCAAUGGAAUUGUCUCUGCAGAUGCUGGCGACUGGCCAUGGCAAGCUAGCUUACAGCUGAAUAACAUCCACCGUUGUGGUGCAACACUGAUUAGUAAUGUAUGGCUCCUGUCUGCAGCUCAUUGCUUUAAAGAUGUAAAAUACCCACACAAAUGGACAGCUACCUUUGGACCUCUUUUAAGACCACCAAGCAUAACACGAUUCAUCAAGAAGAUUAUUAUUCAUGAGAAGUACCGUUAUCCAGGCCUUGACUAUGAUAUUGCCCUUCUGAAACUCUCUAAACAGGUUGAGAUUACAAGCAUUGUACAUCAUGUUUGCCUGCCAGACCCAUACCAGGUUUUUCCAUAUAACACUUAUGCAGUUGUCACAGGAUGGGGAGCACUUAGCAAUGAUGCAAUGUUAGAUGUUGCUCCUGUAUGA